CCUACAUAACUAUUGGCGCCCUUCUUUGAUUUUUAUUUCCUGUGAUCGAAGAACCCGUUCGUAACAGCCGGACGAGUUAGCCAGAGCUGAGAGAAGCAGAAUGGGCCAUGGAAGCUCUAAAUCCAACAACACAGACUCUUCAGAUGCUACCGAUGCCUCGAAACCGUCUCGUGGUUCCCGUAUCCGGCGUCGCCUCCACUUGCAUCGCCACCGCAGUGGCAGUGGCAACGGCAGUGGUUCGAGUUCGUAUUCUCAGCAGAAGCUCCUCGCCAGCGAGGAUUUCGCCGGGAUCGCUCUCAUCACACUCAUCGGUGCGGAGAUGAAAUUCAAGGACAAGUGGUUAGCUUGUGUUUCUUUGGGUGAACGCACGUUCCGGACGGCGACUUCAGAUCACACGGAUAAGCCAUUCUGGAAGUCUGCGAAGAAACUUCUUUUGGAGAGAAAUGGUCCUCAUAUAGCACGGAUAUCUGUAUUUGAAACCAAUAGAUUGUCAAAGAACAAUUUGAUUGGGUAUUGUGAGAUUGAUCUGUUUCAAGUCCUUACUCGGGAUUCAGAUUCUGACUCUGAGGUACUUGACCUAUUAGAUCCAUCGUUGCCCAACACAGUUGUUGGCAAGAUUUCUGUCUCAUAUAUUAUUGAGGAUCCUGUUGAUACUGAAAAAAGUUUUGCAUCACGCAUCUUAUCUAUAGUGGACUAUAACCAAGAUGGCAAACUUUCGUUCUCUGAGUUUUCUGAUUUGAUUGAUGCAUUUGGGAAUCAAGUGGCAGCAAGCAAGAAAGAGGAGCUUUUCAAAGCAGCUGAUGAAAAUGGUGAUGGUAAUGUUAGCAUGGAUGAGUUGGCAACCCUUCUUGCUAUUCAACAAGAAAAGGAACCACUUAUAAAUAGCUGUCCAGUUUGUGGUGAGACUCUCGGUAAUCCUGAUAGGUUAAAUGAUAUGAUUCAUUUGACCUUAUGUUUUGAUGAGGGCACUGGAAAUCAAGUUAUGACUGGAGGAUUUCUGACAGAAAAACAAGCAUCAUAUGGGUGGAUGUUCAAACUGAGUGAAUGGGCCCAUUUUUCAUCGUAUGACAUUGGUCUAAACUCCGGGUCAAGCGCUUCACAUAUUUUGGUUUUUGACCGGAAGACAAAGAGGCUGGUGGAAGAAUUAAUUGAUGGAAAAAUUGUUCUCUCAAUGAGAGCCUUAUAUCAAUCAAAAAUAGGGCUCGGCCUUAUUGACACAGGUGCAAAAGAACUCUUGCAGAGCAUCUCUGAGAAACAAGGUCGACGAAUGAACUCGGUUGAGUCUGCUAAAGAGAUUCCAAAGUUUCUUGAAUUUUUCAAGGCAUGGGAUCAAAUCAAUAUGGCUGAUGUCAAGUACACUGUAGAGCAGUUUAAGACAUUUAAUGAAUUUUUUGUGAGAGAGUUAAAGCCUGAUGCAAGACCCAUCACCCACAAGGGACGUGAUGACAUUGCUGUUUGUGCUGCUGAUAGCCGUCUGAUGGCAUUUAAAUCAAUUGAAGAAAGUCUGAGAUUUUGGAUUAAGGGUCGUAAAUUUUCGAUUCAAGGUCUUCUAGGGAAGGACAUAUGCUCCACUGAUUUCGUCAAUGGCACUUUGGUGAUAUUUCGAUUGGCACCACAGGACUACCAUCGGUUCCAUUUCCCAGUCUCUGGAACCAUUGAACAAUUUGUUGACAUUCCAGGAUGCUUGUAUACGGUGAAUCCAAUUGCUGUGAAUAGUAAAUAUUGCAAUGUCUUCACCGAGAAUAAACGAGUGGUAUCUAUUAUUUCAACUGAAGACUUUGGAAAGGUGGCAUUUGUUGCGAUUGGAGCGACAAUGGUGGGCAGCAUCACAUUCUUGAAGAACGAAGGUGACCUUGUUCAGAAGGGAGAAGAGUUUGGUUAUUUCUCAUUUGGAGGAAGCACUGUGAUUUGCGUAUUUGAAAAGGAUGUAAUAGAUAUAGAUGAGGACCUUCUUUCGAAUAGUGCAAGAUCGCUCGAGACAUUAGUUUCUGUUGGGAUGCAAUUGGGUCUCUCCACAAAGAAACAAGUAGUUAGCAGCUUGCCAAAUCUGGAAAAGUGUGUAUUAGGUGCUUAAGAGGUG